AUGCAGGCCGGCGACGACAGCCUCCUGAGCUUUGACGCGCUCAAGGCCGACGAGAAGAACCGCAAGCUGCGCUUGGACCAGGCCGGGAAGAACGCCAACGCGCUCCGACGGGCGGUCGAGAAGCUCGGCAGCGAGGAGCUCGCGCAAGAGAUCCAGAUCAAAUUCCAGGCGCUGAGCCGCAGCAUCAAGGACCCCGAGUUUGUCGUUGCCGAUGACAUGAUUAAAGAUCUGCUCGAGAAGGACUUUAGCCAAAACGAGAUCCGGCAAUUGCUGCACGUGGGCUGCGGCCGCAUCAUCCGCGUCGAGAAGGAGCUCAAGACCGGCAUCAAGCAGCCGCUGACCGCGUCGUCGCCCACAAACGCCAACAAGGCGAAACUGGUCAAGCAAAAGGAAAAGCGUCAGCGCACCGUCACGAGCUCGCUCGAGUCCAUGUACCCGAACCUCGAUGUGCUCCACAUGAAGUCGAUCAAGUCGCUGCAUGUCAUGCUCCGCGAUAAGCGCUCAACGCACGCGCAGUUCAAGCACUACGCCGACCGUCUCAUGCGGAUUCUUGCCGAAGAAGCCCUUGCCGCCUGCGCUGUCGAGCGCUGCACCGUUUGGACGGCCACGGGCGCCGAGUUUUCCGGCCUCCGGCCCAACAACAAUGUGUGCGUCGUGUCCAUCGUGCGCGCGGGCGACAGUCUUCUCGAUGCCGUCUUGCACUGCUCGCCCAACCUCGCCGUCGGCAAGAUCCUCAUCCAGCGCAACGAAACCACAGUGGAGAAGUCGCCGGUCCUCUUCUACACCAAGCUGCCUCCGCGCAUCGCCACGUACGACCGUGUCCUUAUCGUCGACCCGAUGCUUGCGACGGGCGGCAGCGCCAACAUGGCCAUCCAGACGGUGCUGCAAGCCGGCGUCGAAGAGAGCAACAUUGUGUUUGCCAAUGUGGUCGCAUGCCCCGAAGGCAUUCGAGCCAUCUUUGCUGCCCACCCCAACGUCACGAUCGUCACGGCGGCCGUCGACCAAGAGCUGAACGAGUCCAAGUACAUUGUGCCGGGCCUCGGCGACUAUGGCGACCGCUACUACGACACAACGUACUGA